CCCCCAUCCCAAGUCCCACAUCUCCCUCCAUUCCCUCGUCCCGCGUGUACGCUCCAAUGGACGAGCCCGACACUCCCCUCCCUUCCUGCUACCCUCACGGCGGCGGCUCUUCCUCCGCCAGGAAGGGAAUGUUCUCCGCCGCUUCUCCCUCCUCCACCUCGGAGUGCGGCACCGUCCUCUUCCCCAACUUAGUGGGUGGCCGUGCCCCCGCCGCAUCCCCGCCUGCUCCCACCGAGCCCGUCCGGAGAAAACGGGGGAGGCCGAGGAAGUACGGCGUGUCGCCCUUUCUUUCUCCUCCCUCUCUCGCAUCUUCUGUUAAGAAGCCUUCCACAUCGGUUCAGCUGCCAUUAUCACCGUCAUCGUCUUCUUCACGGAAGAAGGAAGCCUCUUCCUCUUCUUCCAAGAAAGCUCACCUUGCAGCUCUUGGUAAUGUUGGACAAGGAUUUACACCACAUGUCAUUACAAUUGCAGCUGGAGAGGAUCUAUCCCAGAAAAUUAUGUCAUUCGUGCAAUGGCACAGGCGUGCAUUUUGUAUUCUCUCAGCAUCUGGUUCUAUUUCUAGUGCAUCUCUUAUCCAGCCAGCCAUGUACGGGGGAUGCAUAACGUAUGAGGGAAGGUUUGAGAUUCUUUCACUUUCUGGAUCUUUUCUGCAUACUGAAACUGGUGGGGCAUCCUCAAGAAAUGGUGGACUAAGUAUAUGCCUUUCUAGUGCGGAUGGUCGUGUAAUUGGGGGUGGAGUGGGAGGGCCUUUAUUGGCUACAGGUCCUGUGCAGGUAAUUGCUUGUUCCUUCUUAAUUGAUACUGACAGAGAUAUCAGUUCUGCCAAAACAGUGGAAAAUUCUGCCAGCAUACCAUCUAUUCCAGCACAAGCUGGAACUGCAGUCACAGCUGUCACUUUCAAAUCCACAUCAGAAUUGAAUUUGAGAACUACAAUCAGCAGGGGGAGUGAUGAUCAUCAAAACGUUGACAGAAGUGGAAGCAGUUAUAUACAAAAAUCUCGAGCAAUGCAUAUGGUGCCACCACUGUCAUCAACAGAAUGGAGAGGAAGGCAAGAUGGUGUGCAUGGAGCAUCUCAGUCACCAGAUGACAAUGAAAACAUUCAAGAUUAGCCACAGUUGGAGCGGAAGGUCUUGUAAGUUCUGUUCACAGCUUUGUGUGUUUCUCGGUUAGAAAAUCAUAUGGGCCUUAGGAAAUGGAUAAUGUAUACAAAAAUCUUUAAAUGCGACGGACAAUUCUGCAUGAGGUCUGUAUUUUGAUCUACUACACUAGAUGUGAAAUAGUGAUGCCUCUUUUUUGUGCAUAAAGGUUGUGUGGUGCAUAGAUGAGUUGAGAUGACCAUGCUUCUCUUCCAUCAUAUCAAACCCUCCUUAUAUUGUACUUUUUGUUAACUCUCAUCAUUGACAAAGGAUGUAUAAAUAAAAUGCUCUUCUGACUGAUUUAUAAUGA